AUGUUGGUUACUUUCGAGAGGCUCAUAGCGAUCAAAUAUGCGAUGCGCUAUUCAAACGUUGUAACUCAUAACAAACUGAAGAUAGCAGUGUUAGCAAUUUGGAUCAUUGGUUUCGUAUGUGGUACUUUAUGUGUGUUAAAAAUGUACCUAGCUUUGAAUUGUAUCAAAAGCCUCAUCUCAAUUUCAUGUAUCGUGCUCGUUGCCUUCGCAUAUGUGAUUUUGUAUCAUGAAACCCGCCGCCAUCGAAGGAAGAUAAAAACACAGCAACUGCCCCAAGAAGAAGUGGAAAGAUCUACCAAAGAGAGCAAGGCGCUUAAGACAACAGUGUUUGUAGUUAGUGCUGUUAUUGUGAGCCUUCUUCCAGCUGGUUUCUGUUUCAUCGGUUUAGCUACAGGUCUUUUUGAUACUUGCCCAAUCGAUGAAUCAAUCUGGCAAACUUGCAGCAUACUAAACUCGUUUGUUAAUCCACUGAUCUACUGCCGGAGACAAAACGAAAUGAGAAAGUUCGUAUUUAAAAUAGUGAAGUAG